AUGUUUGUUUAUGGAAAAUGGAUCAAAACUGGAACUUUGGUAGAGUUUGAAGUUGACGGCGGUUGUCCAAAGCACAAGUCGAGUAAAGCAUGUGAAGACGCUACAACAUCGAACACAAGGUGUUUGUGGUGUGAAAAAGCUAAUAUGUGCAUUACUAGCAACGAUAAGAAUACUCAGGACUUCAAAGUCAGUCUUUGCCAGAAUAAAAAUAGCUUGAUUGACGUUUCGAUUGAACCAACACCUGACAAAAACUCCCAAAUAACACCAGGAAUAAUCGAAGGCGAGUUGAGCAAUAAGUUGAAAGAAACUACUGACAAAACUGAGUCUGAUUUGAAUAGCUCGAAUAUCAGCGUUUCGAAUGGACCAACACUUAUCGAAGACGACAAAACAACUCCAACAAGUACUGUAACCGACCUAAGAACUGAAUUGAAGCAGACUACUGAAAACACUGAAACUCAUUUGAAUAUGAGUGCACAAGUAACUGGAGAUAAAGAACAAGGAAUGUCUCACAAUGACGCGUAUAUUAUCGUACCAAUAGUUGUCACAUUCAUUGUUAUAUGCAUCGUCUGUGCCAUUGGAAUAUGGUUUUAUAGAAAGAAGAAAAGUAUUCCAUGUUUAUCAUAA